AUGAGGACUUUGCUUCUCCUAGCCUCAGCAUUGGGCAUCUCUUGGGCACAAUGGAGUCAAGGAGGAGGCAAUCUCGGAGCCAACGUGAAUACCGGUUGGGGCAAUAAUGGAGGCAGAGGUGGUUCAGGAGGUGGAGGAUGGAAUGGGAAUGGAGGAGGACAAGGAGGAGGACAAGGUGGAUGGAGUGGAAGCAACAGCAACAAUGGAGGCUGGAACAACAAUCAAGGAGGUGGUGGCUGGAACAAUAACCAAGGAGGAUGGGGUGGACGGGGUGGACCAAAUGGAGGAAAUGGAGGAAAUGGAGGAUGGAACAACCAAGGCGGCGGGCAUGGAAACAUUGGCGGCUCUGGCAAUAACGGAUGGAACAACAAUAACAAUGGCCAUGGCAGUUGGGGCAACAAUGGACAACAAGGAGGCUGGGGAGGACAAGGAGGAGGACCGAGACCCGGUGGAGGAUGGGGAGGCCCACCACCACCACCUAAUGGCCUUCAAAUCGCCGGUCAAAUCGUUGGAGGACUCCUCGGAGGACGA